CUGACAGCUCGCUCUUGCGCUCAUCCGUACAGGGAUCCCGGCAGCAGUACUCAGCGCUUCUCUCCGAUCAGUCACAUGAGCGCUCCGUCCAUGAGUCUGGACAGCCGCUGUGUGUCCCCCUAUGCCGCCUGGUGUAUGGAGCCCACCAACUUCUACGAUCAGCGACUGAGCGCCUCCCCGAGCCACUGCAAGCCCCGGGCCAUGUGUGAGGACAGCGAGCCCCCGGCCGGCGGCAGCGGCACCCUGGCAGAGCUCAGCGCAGCCCCGGCCAUCUACGACGACGAGAGCGCCAUCGACUUCAGCUCGUACAUCGACUCCAUGUCCUCCGUCCCCAACCUGGAGCUCUGCAACGACGAGCUCUUCGCCGACCUGUUCAACAGCAAGAACGGCGAGCGGGCGGAGAGCGGGGCAGACUACCUGAGCGGGCUCCUGGCCGCCGGCUCCCAGCACUACAAGACGAUGAAACAGGAGCCUGACUGGAGCGACAGCGACGUGUCCUCCUCCCUGCCCUGCCAGAUCGCCACCUGUGCCCAGACCAGCAUGAGCCUACAGCCCACCCCGCCCACCUCCCCGGAGCCCUGCUCCGCCACCAGCUCCGCCUGCCCGUCCCCGGCCUCCUCCUCCGCCAAGGAGCGCUCCUCCAAGAAGUCUGUCGACCGUUUCAGCCCGGAGUACCGGCAGAGGAGGGAGCGCAACAACAUCGCGGUGAGGAAGAGCCGGGACAAGGCCAAGAAACGCAACAUAGACAUGCAGCAGAAACUGCUGGAACUUUCCUCAGAGAACGAGAAGCUGCACAAGAGGAUCGACAUGCUCACCAGGGACUUAACCAGCCUCAGGCAUUUCUUCAAACAGCUGCCCCCUGCCGCCACCACCGGCUCCUUCCUGUCCAGCCUCGGCGACUGCCGGUAA